UUGAGGAUGAACACCGUCAGCGUGGCUCCGAGAAAUCUGUUUUUGUCUGCGUGAGGGAGACAGCAGCAGGAAGCUUCGUGGUGCUGAAAGAACAGCUCCUUAACAGCUGGACAUCUUCAGAGAUGUUCACCCGAAUGUUAAAACUGAGACUGCUCAACGCCGUGGCACCUGUGUAUUUCUUCAUGGCAACAGCAGUUACCAACAUCCUACAUUUCUUCUUCUUCAUCCCGACUAUAUUCCCUUACCCAGAAACCUCCCUGAUGGUGUCAUCCACUCUCCAUACAGUGCUUGUGCUCUUCUUGAUGUUCAACGCACUGGGGAACUACAUUAUGACUAUCAUAUAUCCUGCUGAAAGUGCCAACGAGACUUUGAUCCCUGUGUGCUCCCCACACUGCUCAGACAAAGUGGAUGCUCACUACCUUCUGAACGGCCGGCACUUCUGCAAACUGUGCAAGAAGAUCAUCCUUAAGAGGGACCACCACUGUUUUUUCACCGGGAACUGCAUCGGCAACAAAAACAUGCGUUACUUCCUGAUGUUCUGCAUCUACACGUCAUGCACGUGUUUGUACUCUUUGGUUCUGGGUGUCGCGUUUUUGACAGUGGAGUACUCCAUCUCUUUUGAGAACCCCCUGACCUUUCUUACUCUCCUCCCCCUCUCGGUCUGCUCCUUCUUCAUGGGAACCAUCUCAGGAUUGCAGCUGUUCCUGGUGCUGAUGCUGUAUGUGUGGCUGGGCAUCGGCCUGGUGUGCGCCGGUUUCUGCUCCCAGCAGAUGCUGCUGGUGGCUCGGGGACAGACUUGGUGUCAGAUGCAGAGAGGCGAGCUGGUGAGGAACUGCAGCAACUGGAGAGCCAACUUGAAGCACGUCUUUGGCACGCGCUGGAUCCUCGGACUCAUCCUGCCUGUGCAAACGGAGGAGUGCUCUGAAGAUGCUGAUGGACAAAAACAAGACUAAGGAUCGGGAUAGGUCAAAAAACUUAAAGGACCGAUUAGAACUCUUUUGAUGAUGGGAUGCUCUAUGUUUAAAGUUAUCCCUGAAAUAACUAAUGGCACAUAUUCAGUUUAGGAAAGGAGCCAUAGGAGCUAAGACCUUUCUCUUUAAAAAGCAAGUAUCAACAUUUAAUCUUUAGCUUCCGUUUCAAUUCUAAAGUUUUUGCUUUCUUUCAUUGAUUUGCAUGUUUUCACAGCUUUAAUGAUACGACAAACUGGCAAUAUUUGUAUUUUUUCCUUAUCUCUCUCUUAUAAUACUUGCUAUUAAGUGGUUUUUAAGCAAUGUGGAGUUUGACUUUCCUACGAAGGGCUACAGGAUGGUGUUCGCAGCGUACACUGCCAGGUGUUUGUGUUUCAGCUCCUCUUUUACUACAGAAUUAGGCUUAACUGUGGAGUAAGAGUCAUCUGUAAGGAUGCUCAGAGAAAAUGUCAUUGAAUUAACCAGGGGAACAUUCACACAAUGCCAUUAGGUCCCAUCUUAGAUGCUUAUAAACGAUUGCAUCUGGUUUACUGAUCAUCAGCCGCACAGGCUGCACAUUUGAAGUGAAACAGCAGAUGGUCGACAUCUGAAGAAUUCCUUCAAACACAGUUCCAAUUGCAGGAGUACUUUGUAGAGAUUAUGAUGUGUAUUUAUUUACAACAUUAAAUGUUUUUCCAAGUCAGACAAAUGUUUUUUUUUUUUAAAUCUCUUUAUUGGUACAUUCUUUGCUAAGAAAUGUCACAAGCCAAAGCUUUUCAAGAAGUUCAAUAAAUCACUUUUGACACAGAUGAAGAAAAAGCACACUUUGCAAUAACAGGCAAUUACUGUUUAAGCAAUAAAAAUAAUUUAAAAACGACCAACUUCACACUUCUCCUUCAGUGGCUAUAACUUUAGGAAAUGCUUCCAAAAUAAAAGGUAUAUUCCUUAAUUGUAUUAAAGAAUAUAUACUAUUUCAUAUAACUUUUUUUAAUACCUCCAAAAAUAAAUGUACUUGCUUGAAAAACAGCAACAACAUUAAAAGUUACCCAACAUGUAGAAAGAAAUGCAAACAGGCAUCA